AACAGGUUUGACUUGUGCCGACCAACUCAACUUUUUUUUUGGUAGAAGCGGAGCGAGUAACAUAUAACAACCCGAAGCGAAGCGAAAAUCUCGCAAAUCGUGAGGCCAUCUGCCUAUAAAAUACCUGCAUGCACACUACGGCCUUGCAUUGCUCACUGCAACAAGCUUCAUGAUGUUUACUUCCCGCUUCACCAUACUUGCCCUGCUCACCCUCCUCGCUGGUGCCAACGCGGGAUGCGCAACGUGCGAAGAAACGUUGUAUGACGAUGGUGUAGCGGCCUACGUGCUGGUCGACACCUACGUGAAGUCUGAAAACGGGUUCACGGAGUGCAGCUACAUGAAUGACCAGGACGACGAGGUGACCUGCGAGUAUGCGAAUGUCGGAUGGAUGGGUAUGGAUGCUAAGCAGGAUGUGAUGUGGAAUGAGCUCGACGAGGGGUGCAACAUUGGUCUGCAGAAAGUUGGGUAUAUCAGUAGAUUUCGUCUGCGUCAAGAAUUCUCUUCAUACUACGUGUUUCGCCUGGACCAAUCAAUCGCAUCGAGCAUAUCGAGACAAUGA